CCUACAUACAAUAUAUUAUCAUUAAAUCCAAUAAAAGAUUAACCACACCAACCAAUAGUGACGGUGCUUGAUACAAACACGUACCUACUUACCUAAUGCUAUAUAAUAUUAUUUCAAUAGUAGUUUAAAUCGCGUGGGCUACUGCAAACGAACGUUAUUUGAUCAAUUAUAAUAUACAUUAAAAUUACGCGAUGAGUAUCGUAGCGAUAAUAAAAAAAAAAUGCCAAAAAAAAGAAUUGACCGACGAUGAGAUCAAAUUUUUUGUAAAAAGUACAGUGGACGGAUGUAUAGAUCAAUGUCAAAUCGGAGCGAUGUUAAUGGCCUUGUAUUUAAACGGCUUGACUAAUGCGGAAGUCUCUAAUAUGACAACGGCUAUGGCGAAUUCGGGCACAACACUUAAAUUUAGAUCGUCCGCAAUUGUCGUGGACAAACACAGCACCGGAGGCGUUGGUGAUAAAGUCUCGAUACCGCUCGUACCUGCACUGAGCGCCGUGCAAGAAGAUUUUAUCAUACCUAUGGUGUCGGGCAGGGGACUCGAAUUUACCGGUGGCACAUUAGACAAGCUCGAGAGUAUUCCUGGAUUUUCUGCGUUUAGUUUUGACGAUCAACAUCUGCUGGGCAUAGCUAAUAAUUUCGGAUGUUUUAUCGUUGGUUCUGACGAUUUAUCCCCGGCCGAUUCUGUUCUUUAUAAAGCUCGAGAUGUCACUGCCACGGUUGACAAUGCUGGAUUAAUUAUAGCAUCUAUAAUAUCUAAAAAAGCAGCCGCUGGUAUUAAAUAUUUAAUACUUGAUUUAAAAGUAGGAAUAUCAAGUUUUUUCCAGUCAAUCGAUGAAGCUAAAACCUUUGGAAAGCAAUUUGUUCUAGUGGCUAAAUUGUUGGGUAUUGAAUGUAGAGUAUUGAUGACUAGAAUGUCAGCUCCAAUUGGUAAUUAUGUUGGUAAUUCUUUAGAAAUAUUAGAAUCCAUAAAUUGUUUAAAGGGAAAAGGGCCAAGUGAUUUACAAACUCUCAUUGAACUAAUCGGUGGACAUCUAUUAGAAAUGACUCAUAAAGUAAGUUCGGUGAAUGAAGGUCGUAAGCGGAUGGCCGACUCGUUAACUAACGGAACAGCUUUAGAAAAGUUUAAACAAAUGUUAAUCGAAUUGAAAGUCAAUGAAUGGAUAGCAAAUGAGUUAUGCUAUGGUAAUACAACUGCCGUUUUACCAAUGGCCAAAUACGAAAUCGAAAUAAAGCCUUUAACUUCAGGUUACGUGAACGACAUAAAUGGUAUGACUAUUGCUAAUGUUUGUAACAAAUUGGGUGCCGGAAGACAAUUUUCUAAUCAAACAAUCGAUCCAGCAGUUGGUAUUCGUUUACUUGUAAAAAAAGGCAGUCAUGUGGAAAUUGAUACUGUUUGUAUGGUUUUGUAUCACAAUGAGACUGAUUUAAAUGAAUCAUAUCUACUUUUAUUACAACAAUCGAUUGAAUUGGUGGAUGAAAUUGUAGAACCAGAAGAUAUUUUGCUAGGAGUUAUUAAUUGUAAUUAA